AGAUCCAUCUUAGGGUCUUAAUUCAUUGUUUUUAAGCUCGAACAAUUACUGGGUUUUGAAUUUGCAAUUGUUGGAACAGCCAUGGCUUCAUCGGCAGGUUUUUACAGUUAUCUUCAUCCUUCAAGGACAUUCUCAAGAACCCACUUUCCAAUUUCCUUUUCCAAAGACUUCUCUGAAGAGUUCCUGCCUUCUUUACACUACAACUGCGGCAGAAGUAAAGCUCUAGAGCAGAGGAAGAGAAAGACUAGGGUGAGGGCUGUCCUGGAAUCCCCUGCGACCACCACCACAUCUACUCAUACUGGCGCCGGCAGUGGAGACAGACCACUACAGAAGAAGCAGCUUCGUGUGCUUGUGGCUGGGGGUGGGAUUGGUGGGCUUGUUUUUGCUCUGGCAGCUAAGAGGAAAGGCUUUGAUGUGUUGGUAUUUGAGAAGGAUGCAAGUGCUAUUAGAGGGGAAGGGAAGUACAGGGGCCCAAUCCAGAUUCAAAGCAAUGCAUUGGCUGCCUUGGAGGCCAUCGAUUAUGAGGUUGCUGAGGAAAUUUUGAAUGCUGGCUGCAUCACUGGUGACCGAAUCAAUGGACUAGUCGAUGGGAUCUCUGGUUCUUGGUACGUCAAGUUUGAUACAUUCACUCCUGCAGCGGAACGAGGGCUUCCUGUCACGAGAGUUAUUAGUCGAAUGACUCUGCAACAAAUCCUGGCUAGAGCAGUUGGUGAAGAUGUCAUUAUGAAUGAAUGUAAUGUUGUUGACUUUGAGGAUGACGGGAAUAAGGUUUCAGUGGUGCUUGACAACGGACAACGUUAUGAUGGUGAUCUUCUGGUUGGAGCUGAUGGCAUAUGGUCAAAGGUUAGGAAGAAUUUGUUUGGACCCAAAGAUGCCACGUAUUCAGGUUACACUUGUUACACUGGUAUUGCAGAUUUUGUGCCCCCAGAUAUUGAAACUGUUGGGUACCGCGUAUUUUUGGGUCACAAACAAUACUUUGUUUCUUCUGAUGUGGGUGCUGGAAAGAUGCAGUGGUAUGCAUUUCACAAGGAAUCACCUGGUGGGGUUGAUGCUCCCAAUGGUAAAAAAGAAAGGCUGCUUAAAAUAUUUCAAGGCUGGUGCGAUGGUGUAAUUGACUUGAUAGUCGCUACAAAUGAGGGUGACAUUCUUCGUCGUGACAUAUAUGACCGAACACCCAUUUUAACUUGGGGAAAGGGUUGUGUAACCUUGCUUGGGGACUCUGUUCAUGCAAUGCAGCCAAAUAUGGGUCAAGGUGGAUGCAUGGCUAUUGAGGAUAGCUACGAACUGGCUUUAGAGCUUGAGAAAGCUUGGACACAAAGUGUUGAAUUGGGAACCCCACUUGAUAUUGCAUCUUCUCUAAAGCGUUAUGAGAAAGCAAGAAGAUUGCGUGUCGCUAUUAUCCAUGGAAUGGCAAGAAUGGCUGCAUUAAUGGCUUCCACUUACAAACCCUAUUUAGGUGUUGGGCUUGGGCCACUGUCGUUCUUGACAAAGUUCCGGAUACCACAUCCAGGAAGAGUUGGUGGAAGAUUUUUUAUUGACAUUGCAAUGCCCUUAAUGUUGAAUUGGGUCUUAGGUGGUAACAGCACAAAACUUGAAGGAAGACUGCAAAGCUGCCGGCUCUCAGACAGAGCAAAUGACCAAUUACAGAGAUGGUUUGAGGAUGAUGACGCAUUGGAGCGUGCACUUGGUGGAGAAUGGCUUCUUUUCCCAUUGGAGAGAGAAAACAGUGGGGCAAUACAACCUAUACAUUUAAUUAGGGAUGAGAACAAACCCUGCAUAGUUGGGAAUGCUCCAUCUUCCAGUCUCCCAGUAGUAUCAGUGACAAUACCUUCACCUCAGGUUUCUGAUGUACAUGCUCGUAUCAGUUAUAAGGAUGGUGCUUUCUACCUGACUGAUUUGCGGAGUAAACAUGGUACCUGGAUCACUGAUAAUGAAGGUAGGCAGUAUCGGGUGCCCCCAAACUUUCCAGUCCAAUUUCAUCCAUCUGACGUCAUUGGGUUUGGUUCUGAUCGGAAGGCUGCCUUUCGUGUAAAGGUGCAGAAGGUCCCUCCAAAGAUUGAAGGCAAGAAGGAAGAGAGUCAACUCGUCUCUGCCGUAUGAGUUCAACAAACAUGGUUGACUUAUAGAAAUUGUACAUCAUGUAUUCAUUCCAGUGAAGUUAUAAGUCUGCUUUAGUUUUCUUUUUUA